UAGAUUUCAAAGAGGGGGAUGAUGAAAAUUGAUGUAGAUGAGGGGGUUAAAGAGGGUGGUGAAUAAAAACAGGAGGACAAAUAUGGCGGAGUACAGCAGAGUAUGUUCCCUAUGUUCCAACAUUUGUUAUAUUUGCGUGUAUUUGCGGGGGAGAGAGGGGAAAAGUAUAAGAAAACUCACCGGGGAAUGAUGAUUGUAUAUGUGGAAUAGCAGUGGGGCCCCCAGAGAGGGUGGCACUGUGGCAGUGUAUUGCACCAAAUACAAGUAUACAACAAUCACCAAGGGUCACAAGAGUGAUGAGGAGAGUAGAGACGACAAGAGGGUGUUAAACUGUGUGGGGCCACGGCGUGCCCGUUGGUGAGUCGACUAGUCGGACGAGGUUUUCGCCCAUCGCAUCGUGGUGUUUAGUCUAAAGCAGACGUGAGUCGAGUCAGUUGGCGACGAACGAUAGUGAGCUGGACAUUUGUUAUCACUGGAUAUCUGUGGUGAUUUAAUUAUUGUUAAUAUUUAAAAUAAAACAAGUUUAAUUAACCGAUAAAUCAUGAGCUGGCAGGAUUACGUUGACAAGCAGCUGCUCGCGUCAAGAUGCGUGACAAAAGCAGCAAUUGCCGGCCACGAUGGUAAUGUGUGGGCAAGAUCGGAUGGCUUUGAAGUAAGCAAAGAAGAAUUGGCAAAGCUCGUUGAAGGUUUUGAGACCCAAAGUAUCUUGACAUCAUCUGGUGUUACAUUAGCUGGCAACAGGUACAUUUAUUUGUCUGGUACAGAUCGUGUGAUAAGAGCUAAAUUGGGUAAAGUUGGUGUACACUGUAUGAAAACGGCACAAGCUGUUGUAGUAUCACUUUAUGAGGAUCCAAUUCAACCACAGCAAGCAGCAUCAGUUGUUGAAAAAUUGGGUGACUACCUCCUGUCUUGUGGCUAUUAGUAACCUCUGGGACCUAAUAAAAAAUAUCUAAUAUUAAUUAAUAAUAAACAAUACAGUCGAUUAUUUUAAAAAUGACAGUGACAUAAUUAAAAUAAACGGAUUUACAAAAAUACCAACAUAUGAUGAUUAAUAAUUAUAAUAAAAAAAACAAAAUUUCAAUAAAAAAAAAAGUUUAAAAAACAUGCAUCAUGACCCGAACUAUUAUACAUUUAAAUAAAUGAAAAAAAAUGAGAAAAAGGGAGAGAGAGAAAGAGAAGAAGAACGAUAGAAUAAGUGAGAACGAGAUAAAUAAAAAAAAAUAAAUAAAUAAUAAUUAUGUCAAAGCGCCGGAAUUGCCGAAAGCCCGCCGCUAAUUUUGCAAAAAAAAAAAAAAAAAACAUCUACGUCGUGUGCAUGAUAAAAUAAAAUUUUGAUAAAAACAAAAAAAAAAAUUUUUAUAAUAAUAAUGUGAAAAAGUGAUAACAAUCACAAUUUUUUUUUUUUUUUUUUUUGUUUCUAUCAAAUAAAGAACUUUUUUUUUUAUUUUUUAUUUUUUUUUUCUUUUCAUAUUCUGCUCAAAAGUUUUGAUAUCAAAAAAAAAAUUUUUGCAUUUUCAUAAAGAACAAAUAAAUAAAUAAUAAUAAGCUAGUAUUGUAACAGCAAUAAUAAUAAAAAUAAAAAUAAUUCAAAACAAAAAAAAAAUAAUGAUAAUAAUUAUAAAAUACAUUGUAAAACAUUUUUCCAAUAUUAAAAAUUAAUUUUAAAAUAACGCGAAACAGUCAGAUAGGCUACUAAUAUAAUAACAACGAGAAUAAAAAUUUAAAAAAAUAAAAUAAAACUCUUGUAUUAUAUUGAACGCUCUUUUUUUUUAUACAUAAAAAAAUAAAAUGAAAAAAAAAAAAAAAACAAAUAGAUAGAGCACGUAUGCAAUAAUGUGUUUUUAAGAAAUUUUGUAUACUAAUUGUGUGUGAAUAAUCUAGUUUUCAUUAUUUUUUUUUAUUUUUUUUUUUUUGAUAAACUGAGAAUUAAAAAAUAAAAAAUGAUAGUUAACGACUAGAUUAGCAAGAGGACGGUGUGGC